GCUUUGAUGCGCUAGAGGAUGUUUUGAUUGGAGGAGCUGUAGCUUCAACCUGGGUUUAGAGUUUAGAGGUGAAUAAACGGGUGUUUAAAUAAACCGGAUUAAAUAAGAACUGAAUUAACCCGCGCGCUGAGAUGACUGCAGCAGUGUCAGCACUGCAGUAAUGCGGGUUUAUAGGCUGUAGAAAUGUGUAGAAGUGUGUAGAAGUGUGUUUAAUCUGCAGCAGGAGGUCAGGGCUGGUCAUGGCGUGGAGGAGGAGGAGGGUGAUUAUAAACUGGAUUAAAUCAGAACCGAAUUAUUCCCAAGAACUCUUUACUAAACCCAACAGGUUCUCCCUCCAUCCUCAGCAGAGAUGUGGCUUUAAGAAAGUUCUGAAGAAGCCAGAGAUCAGGAAGGGAGGUGCAGAAGAAGGUCCAGCUGCAGAUCUGAGUGAAGCAGCAGCUAAAAAGAGUACAUUACCUCCUCCUCCUCCUCUCGGACCACCUGUCCGGCCCCCCAGAAACCCCCGGCUGCUCUUCAGACCCCUGAUGUUCACAGUGGGGUUUACAGGCUGCUCGUUCGGCGCCGCUGCGAUCCUGCAGUACGAGUCGGUGCGGUUCCGGGUGGAGAGCGUGCUGGAGGAGGUUCGGGAGGAGAAGCUGAGGAGACUGGGAGAAGGACAGGUACAGAACAGAGAGAGCCAUGAUACAGCAUACUGGCACAACUGGUGGAAUCAGCUGUCGGCGUUCCAGAAGCAGAUGAUCCUGCUGGUGUCUGCAGUGGACGACUGGUGGGGCAGGAGGAGCGAGGGGCAGAAAACUGCUAUAGGUAUCAUCGCUCUGAACACGGCGGUGCUGUGCUGCUGGAGAAUUCCGGUAAUGCAGCGCACCAUGCUGAAGUUCUUCACCUCCAACCCUGCUUCCAAAACACGGUGCCUUCCCAUGCUCCUCUCCUCCUUCAGCCAUUACUCCAUCCUCCAUCUGACGGCCAACAUGUUCGUGCUGUGGAGCUUCUCCACCAGCGUCGUGUCUCUGCUGGGCAGGGAGCAGUUCCUGGCUCUUUACCUGUCUGGAGGUGUGUUCGCCACCUUCAUCAGCUACGUUUGUAAAACAGCGACGGGUCGUCUGGGUCCGUCACUUGGGGCGUCCGGUGCUAUAAUGACUAUUCUGGCUGCUGUCUGCACUAAGAUGCCCGAGGUCAAACUGGGAAUCAUCUUUCUACCCAUGAUCAGCUUCACAGCCGGGAAUGCUCUGAAGGCCAUCAUGGCUCUGGACACAGCUGGACUUGUUCUGGGCUGGAGGAUGUUGGACCAUGCAGCCCACCUUGGAGGAGCUCUGUUUGGAGUAUGGUACAUCUCUUAUGGCCAUAGUCUGAUCUGGAGAAGGCGGGAGCCGCUGGUGAAGUUCUGGCAUGACCUGAGGAAAGGCCCUCCUGGUGGAGCGCCACCUAGAGGAGGAGGUGGAGGUUCUGGAGCAUAAGGCCUUAUGCAACGGUGCUCAUCUGCCAAACUAUAUCAGCUACCAAACACAAGGACUGGCACUGGAAACGUAACCUUAAACCUUAAUAAAAAAAAGGUUGAUUAAAGGUUAAUUUAAAAAGUUAUUUAAGGGAUUCCAUAGAACAAGGCUAAAGCAGUUUAUAACUGUUGGUUAAACUCUUAAAGUAUAAAAUAAAAAUAAAAUAAAGACAAAAAUUAAAUUUGUGCACAAGUUACUAUAGCAGCUCGAAAAAUGAUGUUUGUUCUUACAGCCUACAACAUAUUAAAGGCCAGUCAGUUAUUCAUUAUAAUAUCUGAUCUACAAGUUUAUCUAAGGUAGCCUAAGAUAGGAAUGACUACACACUGAUGGUGAGUGUCAUCCAAUGGAAAUGAAGACUAAACUCAGUUAUUAUAUAUAAGUUGAUUAAAAUGUUAUUUUUGAUUUGAUUUUCUCAAAUUAAAAACCUCUGGAAUAUAAUCAAGAGGAAGAUGGAUGAUCACAAACCAUCAAACCACCAAACUGAACUGCUUGAAUUUUUGCACCAGGAGUAAAGCAGCAUAAAGUUAUCCAAAAGCAGUGUGUAAGACUGGUGGAGGAGAACAUGAUGCCAAGAUGCAUGAAGAAAACUGUGAUUUAAAAACCAGGGUUAUUCCACCAAAUACAAAUAUUUUCUGAACUCUUUAUGAAAACUUUAUCAAUAUGAAACGUUUUUCUUUUUUUAUUUCAGCCAUUUCUCAUUUUCUGUAAAUAAAUGCUCUAAAUGAGAAUAUUUUUAUUUGGAAUUUGGAAGAAAUGUUGUUUGUAGUUUAUAGAAUAAAACAAGAAUUUUAAUUUUACCCAAAUAUAUACCUAUAAAUAACAAAAUCAGAGAAACUGAUUUAGAAACUGAGGUGAACUCUUGCUGUUUUUUCUUUGGAGGAUCUUCCUCAAAUGAGUCAACGGCAGAGCUGUUUGCCAUUAUCCGUGUUCAUUUUUUUUUUAAAUACAUAUAAUUUUACUUCUAAUUAUUUUCUCCCAUCUUCCCUCAAAUUUACAAUGCCAAUUGUAGAACUCCUCCUAUCAAUGGUGAUGCCCCAACACCAGGAGGGCGAAGACUAGAGCAUGCUUCCUCCGAUACAUGUGAAGUGCUGAUGCAGCGUUACCGAGUAGCAUAACCGCGCUAACACUCGGAGGAAAGUGCAGCGAAUUGGUUCUGAUACAUCAGCUCACAGAUGCAGCCUUGUGCUGAUCCUUAUCACCCUAGGAGUGAUUAGAGGAAAGAUCGCCAUCUACUGUACCCACCCAGAGAGAGCAAGGCCAAUUGUGCUCUCUCAGGGCUCCGGCAGCUGAUGGCAGCAAGCUGCAUGAACAGGAUUCGUUCACUGCGGCCAGCACUGUUCAUUUUAAGAGUAUGUAAACUCAGAAGACACCAUUACUGUUGCCUUUUUUUUUUCUAAAGCACUUGAUUUCACCUGAUUUCAUGUUGGAAGUGUGUGUGUGUCAGUGUGUGUUUGGUUAGGGUUUGUGUAUGAGGGUGUGUUAUAAUGAGAUUUGUAUAUAAAAUAUAUAAACCAAUCCAGGUUUUUACACAUAUUGUUUCUUCUGUCAUUUGCUGUGAGGGUGAUAUUGUUCUAAUGGAAUAUGGAUAUGAAACAAUAAAGAAAUUAAUUCUUUUCAA